AUCACUUUACUAACCAAAGCAGGUCGUCUUUGUGCUUUCCAGUCUCUUUGUUUGUUUCCUAUCGCAUUUUAUAUUCGCAAUCGCAUUCACACCUUCACGGCUUAGCGACUUCUUGUAUGAGUGCAUGGGUUGAGAUCGAUACUCGACCGUGAAUAACUUCAUCAUGUCUUCCGAGGACAAAUACGAAACGUUGGAGAAGAUUGGCCAUGGCUCCUUUGGCAUCAUCCGCAAGGUCCGUCGCAGGACAGACGGCUUCAUCAUGUGCCGCAAAGAAAUCUCCUACCUCCGCAUGUCCCAGAAGGAGCGCGAGCAGCUCCACGCCGAAUUCCAGAUUCUGUCACAUCUGCGACACCCAAACAUCGUCGCUUACUACCACCGAGAACAUCUCAAGGUCAGCCAGGACUUGCAUCUCUACAUGGAGUACUGUGGCAAUGGAGAUCUGGGCCGUGUCAUCAAGGACCUCGCGCUGAAGGGCCAGCGAGCUCAGGAAAGCUUUGUCUGGAGCAUCUUCAGCCAACUGGUUAUGGCGCUCUAUCGGUGUCACUACGGUGUCGACCCCCCAGAGGUUGGCUCAAAUAUUCUUGGCUUGACGCAGGGAAACGCCGCUGCUGGACCCAAGGUUCCGGCUGGAACCAUGACUAUUCUACACCGCGAUUUGAAACCCGAGAAUGUCUUCCUUGGUGAGGACAACUCUGUCAAGCUCGGAGAUUUUGGUCUCUCUAAAAUGAUCAAGUCCCACGACUUUGCCUCCACUUACGUUGGCACUCCUUUCUACAUGUCUCCUGAAAUCUGCGCCGCCGAGAAAUAUACCCUCAAGUCCGAUAUCUGGUCAUUAGGCUGCAUUAUCUACGAACUCUGCGCUCGCGAACCUCCUUUCAACGCCAAGACGCAUUUCCAACUAGUGCAAAAGAUUAAGGAUGGCAAGUUCCCUGCCUUGCCCGACGUCUACUCUCCCGAGCUCUACCAAGUCAUCAAGGACUGUCUCCGCGUGAACCCUGACCGACGACCUGAUACUUCAGAGCUGUUGAACCUACCAGUGGUCAAGCUGAUGAGAAAGGAGAAGGAAGUUGUUGACCUCAACAAGUCCAUUCGCCUAAGAGAAGACUCUCUCCGUAAGAAGGAGAGGGAUCUCAACGAGCGACUUGUCAACAUGGAAAGGGAGAAGGAACUCAUCCGAGACGAGCUGGACUCAUCACUACGGAGAGAGUGGGAGGUCAAGGCCCGCCUCGAGAUUGAUCGUCUCGCCAACGCUGAGAUUGAGCAACUCCAGAACCGAUUCGAAGAGGAAGUCCAGGCACGUGUCGAAGCAGAACUACAGAAGAAGGCAGCAGCGUACGCCAACUCAAGACCUAACAGUCAAGAGGAUGAGUACACGACAUCAACGGGUAAGACCGACUACCCCCACUCAUCCGUCGGCGGCAGUGAAGUUGAGUUUCCCUCAACAACGGAUCUCACCGAGUACUCCUCCAUCGAAAGCCCCGAAGCACCUCGGGAGACCAAGAAGACGGCCCGCACACCAUUUGGCCGCGCGCAAACAAUGUUUGUGGGCAACCCUGCUGGUACGCCUAUGGAUAUCGAGAUGAACUCGCCCAGUCCUAUCGCGAUUGCGUCGCUUUCUCUCUCACCCCGUCGCAACGGAAAUACCAAGGCUCCUACCGCUGCGUCUGGCAACAUCUUCGCUGUUAACGCCAACCGAAGUGCUGACAAUUCUCGAUGGGAUCUCCGCGACACUUUGUCCGAUUCUGAGGACGAGGAUGUCAUGCCAUCGCCAACACGCAACAUCAAGUCUUCCAAGAACCCCUUCACUUCCAAGACUCGCCCUGUUUUGACGUCCCAGAAGUCGGCCCCCAUCAACCGUUUGAAGUCUCAACCUUCAACCUCGGGCUUCGUUUCCAAGCAAGUCUCCCAACCUGAGGCUCCUAGAUCUCCUCGUCGCCUGAGCAAGAUCCCCUCUGCCGCCAACCUCCAGGCCGAGAGCAACAACUCCAGCGGAGGGGGCUUGACACGCCAAUCUUCCCUCAACAGGAAGAACAACCACUCGGACGAUGGCUUGGGCAAGGUCGCAGCUAAGAACAACAUUCGAGGCCGUACCCUUGUUGAGCUUCAGCAAGCUCGAGCCGGUGGCCGCCCCAUGAGCGCCAUUGUCAUGCCCAGCACUGGCGAGAACGUCAGCCCUAAGAGGGCAUUCCGGGAUCGCAUCGGUGCUGAGCGCAAGUCGAGCGGCGACGAGCCCGUGGCUGUCUGGGAUCCGGAGCGAGACGAGAUGCCGAGUCCUUUCCUGGUCCGUCAGCGACGUAUUGCCCGGGUGUAGGCCGCCUCUGUUGGCAGUCGCAUAAAAGAAGUAAUGAUGAAAGAGGAGUAGUGGUUGUUUUACGGUUUUGUUUGUUUUUUUACGCAUUAGAGGCGAGCAUGAUGAUACUGCUUUUCCCAGGGUCUGCGUUACUCUUACAUACCUCCCUUAUCCGUUGUUUUUAUUCCCCUUGCACAUUCUUCCUCCCUCAUAUCCGAGGGCUUGGAAAUGAAACAUGGAAAACACUUAUGGGCGUUCUUGGCGCGAAACACACAAAGGGAUCAUGGCAUGAAUUGUAUGGAAUGGGCUCUUGUUUAUUUUAAUGAAUGCUCUGUCGAAGUCUUUGUUUGUAUAGGACAAGUACGAUCGACAUUGUUAUCAUGAAUGAUUGAUUGAUUGAUAGGAGGAUUGAGUUGAUUUGAUGAUGGCGGCGUUAAAACGUCUACGUUUGGAUUCACUUUCGGGGUUUCGGAUUGGAUUGUUCUUUAAGUUUUAUGUUUUCAUCUUAGACGUUGUACAAAAGACAAUGAUACUACUCAUGGAAAUAAUUCGAUGUCUCUCUCUCUUCA